AUGCGCAGACCAGAGGAAAAGCAGUGCGGACACUCACACGCCGCGCUGUCUCGAUCACGCGUGAGCUCGGAGUCUCCGUCCCCCGCCUCAUCCCGGCGCGCGCAGCUCCUGCACACCGCACACCCGCGGCGGAGAGGAGCCUCGAAGUCCCCGGCGCUCCCAGCGCCUCCUUGUCUCUGCGGAGGGGCCGGGGUUCGAGGCUCGGCCCGGGCUGACGCUCUCAGCAUCUGCGCCCUGAGAGCCCCCCCCGCGAGGACACCGCCCCCCGACCUUUGCCCCCCCGCAGGGACACCUCCCGCCCGGGACCCCGCGGCCCAGCACCUCCGCCCCAGCCCGGGGCGAGGAGAGCCCGCGCUCCGCUGCGCCCGGAACUCCCGCCGCCCGCCCCAACCAACUCCCCGAAGGCGAGAGGCGGACCCCGGCGUGUCACACUCGGGAGGGGCCAGGAAACACUGGCGGAAAAAAUUUCUGUAUUGUGAGCCACAUAAGAGAAUUAAGGAAGUACUGGAAGAAGAACUUUAUAUUAAGAGAGAUGAGUGCCACAUUAAAAAUCCACCUGCAGUGGCCCUGGAGGGGAUUUGGAGCAUUAAGAGGAACCUCCCUGUGGGAGGCUUGAAGCAAGGACUGCCCAGCAGAAACACUUUACUGCCACAAGCCAAGUACUAUUCAAGGCAUGGAGGGCUGAGAAGAUAAGUUGAAUACAAUUUUCCAUUGAGAAGGAGCUAUUUAUUCCUCAUGUCUGAAGAACAAGGAAGAAACCUAAGCAUGUUUCACAAUUUAUGAUGAGCAAAAAUAUGUUAUUAGUCUCUAAUAUUUCUAAAUUAAUCCAAAUUAAUGAAAAAAACUAUUAAAGUUUUCUAAGUACCUGAAAACAAUGAAGAAAAAUAUCAUGCUUUUUAGUUUUCAUAGUUGGGAUACAUUGUACUUCUA